CUGAAAAAUAAAAUUUAUUCCGUCGGAGAUCGGUGUGGAAGUAGGUUGUUAUCACGCGCUGUUCGAACCUAACCUCAAAACAAUGUUUUUAUUGUUAUUAUUCGGUUUCUUCUGGGGAGUCUCUCUUUCUGAGCCCCUCAUGCGCAACUGUGAACCUAUUCGCGUAGAAAUGUGUAUGAUGUGGUAUAAUUCAACUAGUAUGCCCAAUUUGGGAGGUAAUGACAUUCAACAAGAAGCUGAUUUACAACUUCAGUCGUUUUCACCUCUCAUUCAGUACGGCUGCAGUCAAAAUUUAAAACUCUUUUUGUGCUCGGUUUACGUGCCAAUGUGUACUGAAAAAGUUACUAAUCCCAUCGGACCCUGUCGUGGACUUUGUGAGGGUGUGAGAUCCCGGUGUUACCCUGUUCUCCAAGGGUUCGGUUUCCCGUGGCCGGACGCUUUGAAUUGUUCCAGAUUUCCUGAAAUUAAUAACCAUGAACACAUGUGCAUCGAGGGGCCUAAAGAUGAAAUUGAUAUUAGGGCUCCUGUUGAUCCAGCUGUGCAGAAAUUUGACUGUGAGCUAAGAAAAAACGGAGAGGGAUGUCAACCGGGCUGUAAUUCAAACAAUAUGUUCGAAGAAUCCGAAAAGAAAUUUGCAGAGGUGUGGGUGACUGUAUGGGGUUUCAUUUGCCUUAUAAUAAGCUUGGGAGCAGCAAUGACUUUAACCAUUGGUGGCGGUCGGGUAAAGGCAAGACCCCUUCUUAGCUUAGCUCUCUGCUACGUUUUGCUAAGCACAGGCUGGGCUCUAAGAAUGUUUUCUGGAAGAAUAACGAUGUCUUGUCCAAAAUCGCCUGAAGAUGGUUUGUCGAACAUUAAUUGCGCUUUCAUCUUCCUGCUUUUGUACUACUUCGGAAUGGCAGCAAAUGCUUGGUGGGUUUGUCUCUGUGCAUGGUGGGUAGCCCGAGUGGGACUUUCAUGGCCCCCAGAAAAAAUGAGAAGUUUGAGUUCAGUUCUCCAUGUAUGUGCAUGGUCACUACCUGCAGCUCAAACUGUUGCUGCGCUAGUAAGAAGGGACGUGGACUCCGAUGAUUUAACAGGAACGUGCUACAUUGGCAACAGAAAUUCCACAACCCUACUUUCUCUGGUACUUAUUCCCUACUUCUUCUACUUUACUACUGGUACCGUACUUCUGUUCUUGGGUUGUAGCUACGUGAUGAGAAAGCCGAGGUCUCUGGCUGCUGCGCCGCUGACCAAUGCCGCUCCAAGAAAGGAAAGUGAUUUCUUAGGGGCGAUUUGUACAUUAUAUGCAAUUCCUACAUUCUGUGUAAUGGCCAGUAUCUACUAUGAGUAUAACAACAGAGAUAGAUGGCUUGCUGGAGAGAGAAAACCUGCCUUAUGGGCGUUCUUGUUAAAAUACUUCAUGAGUUUGUUCAUUGGAGUAAGCAGCGUAUUCUGGAUUUGGUCGAUGAAAAGUGUAAUGGCCUGGCGAUCAAUUCUAAGACGCCUUGGACCAAGAAAGCAGCUACCUUUGAAAGUGCAAACGAUGCCCCAGGUGAUGCGAUAUAUGCCUGCCCAGACAUUAAGUACGAGUCUGAGCACGACUUCCAAACAUUCUACUAGAACACAUCCACAUAGGAAACCCAGAGUUCAUCACCACAUGCGAUCAGGAAGUGAAACGGUCAUCUGAUGGCCUUUUCUGUAUAUUUUAAAUAUUUCCCAAAUCAAAUGACUAAGGUUGAUAAACCGUUGUAUGCCAAAAGUUGUCUCUAAAGGCAUGUAUUCACUAUGUUCGCAAACUUCUCGCGCUUCGCGCUCCUACAACUGCUCCAACGGAUACGGUAUACGCUCCUCUACUGGCCGGUUUCACCAACGACAAAUCGUAGUUUAUUCUAUGAAUAAAGUUAUUCGACCAAUAAACUCACAUUUCUGCAUUUUACUAACGUCAAAUAAGACUUAUUUUAUUUAUUUAUUAAAUAAAUAUUGACUCUUCGAAUAAAUUGACAAGUUAAUUUCGCUGUAAAUAUCUAUAAGAAAGUAAAUUCGUCAGUUUAAGUUUAAAUUAUCAAAAUUAUAUUGAAACAAAAUAAAAAUAUAAACGUCUAAUAAAUUUUAUUCGACGAAUAGCUUAUUCGUUGAUUUAUUUGUUGUUGGUGAAACCGGACCUACGUCAUAUAAACCGUCACCGAUUGGGGCGCUGAUGGAAUGGAUACAUGCCUUUAUAUUUUGGGGAUAAAGGUAAAACAAAAAUUAUUUAAACACCACGAAACAAAGUGGUAGUAUUAGUUGUAAUUAAAGAGGCAUUACGUAUUUUUUACAUAAUAAUUUUAUCCAAGUGACAGCUUUAUUUAAAAUAUUGUUAACGAGUGUUGAUGUAGAAAAAAACAAUACAAUUAUUAUUUAGUUAUUAAACCGGGUGUCAAAAGACGCGGGACGGGCGAAUAUUUCGCAAAAUUUGCAUCGGAUCGAAAAAUUGGAAAACACGUUUUUAAACUUUUUAAAAAGUCUAUCGAGUGACAUCAAGCAUGAUCCCUUUUACACCCACCCUCUAGGUGUGAGGCGGGGAGAGCACAACUUUGACAUAUUAAAUAAGAACCCCGUUUUUAUUUCAAAUUUGGAUUUCUUAUGCAAAAAUAAGUAACUUACCUAUGUUCGAAACAUUUUUUCGAAUUGUUGGCAGAUUGCGCUAUAAUCGUAAAAAUUCGAUUUAUCCUGAUACCAUAGAAAAAUUAUGGAAACGGUCUAAUAUCUCGAGAAUGGCACUGUUAAAUAAAAAAAAAACCUUUAUUUUUGUCUAAUGUUUUUAAUAUUUUCAAGAAUCUCAUCCUCUUCACCUUUACACCCUGGGGUGGGGCGGGGAUAACUUUGAAACCUUCAAUAGAAACCAUAUCACCUUUUAUUGUAGAUUCAAAUUCUACGUAAAAAACUGUAUUCAGUACCACAAAAAUAAUUUUGCAGACUUCUGAUUUUCUGUGAUUACAGCGCCAUCUAUCGCGAAUGAAGAAAAGAAAAGAGCAGACAGAACUUGUUUACUUUUUUACGUAGAAUCCGGAUCUGUAAUAAAAAAUAGCAUGUUCCGUUUAAGGGGACCGGUACAAAGUUUCGGCUCCGAUGUUAUUUAAAUGGGAUUAAUUUUUUUCGAAUCCUGAGAAAACUAAUAUAAGUAUUUUUGAAAAAAUUAAAAGCAGAAUGAAAGAUUACGUUCUUGCCGAGGGCCGAAAGUCCCUGAAAACUUCUAUAAUGUUUAUUUUAAUAAGUUACAGGAGUGAAAAACUAAGAGAAAAUGUAGCAUGAUUUUUAAUUUCAAAUAUCUCAUUGAAAAGAAAGUUUUUAUUUAUUCUAAGGGAGCGUUCAAAUAUUACGUAACGCGAUUUUUGAAGAUUUUUGACCCCCCCUCCCCCUACGUAACGCACUGUAAUGGGCGUUUAACUAUUACGUAACGCAAUUUUUGAAGAUUUUUGACACCCCCCCCCCAACGUAAUUUAUUGUUUAUUAUUUAUGGAAGAUCCAAGCAGAGAAUACACCAGGAUAAUAUAUUCUGUGAUCCAAGUACUUUGUUGUUAAAGAUGUUCAAAAUUGUAAGCGUUCCAUUAACAAUAUGUUAUUAAAAAUCACUUUUAUCACUUUUCUCGAUUGACUAUUAGUUUUUGUCGUACAGUAUAUAGAUUAUUACAAUCACUAAAUACAUAAUUAGUGAAAAAAUUAUAUUAAUUAACUGAAUUACUAAUUAAGGCAAUUAUCAAUUGCCUUAACCAGUUAAGCUAAAGUUGUUAAGAACAUUCAAAAGCCAUCUCUUUAAAGUUAAUGAUGACAUUGUCAAGUAAUGUUUGGAUAUCCAUACCAGUGAGAAUUUUACUACACGUAGUUUGCCGUGUAAAGCCAGAAAAAGUAGGGAUAUCCGUAAAAUAUUUGCGCCUACACUCUUAAGAUUUCAAAGUUGACCUCCGCCCCACCCGCAAGUGGUAAAGGUGAAGGGUCGUGAUUUUUCAUUUAGAAGUGUAUUUCUCACAGUUCUCUCAACGAGCAUAUUAGACCGUUUCCAUUAUUUUCCUAGGGUAUGGCAUGGAAAAGCUGCACAGAUUUGUUGAACCAGGUUCUGUGGUUAACCAGGAUAUUUUUCCUUGUAGGUUGUAGGAGAGCAUAUCUGGAUUCAUUUUGCAUAAUGUCUUUGAUGUACUGUAGCUUUCGAGAUUUGAUACUGGUCAGUACCUCUCGGUUCUUCUUCAUUCUUCUGAGGACCGUUUGAUUUGUGACUCUGUCCAUCUAAUGGAUCUUAAAUAUUCUCGGAUAUAGCUACAUCUCAAAUGCUUCCAACCUUUUGCACAUAUCUUCGUUCAAGGUCCACGAUUUAACACCACAAAAAAGGGCAGAGAAGACGUAGCAUUGCAGCAUUCGUACUUUUAUACCUGGAGAGUUGUUGUUGCUCUUGAAUAAGGCCCUCAUCAGGUUGAAGAUGGAUCUUGCUUUUCCGAUGCGCGCUCUUAUCUCCUGGUUGUUGAUCCAUUCUUCAUGUAUUAUGAUUAUGGUACCGAGGUGGUGGUAGUGCGCCAUUCUCUGUACUGGGGUUUGGUUAACGUAAAGUUGGCCUUCUGUUUAUCUUUUUCUUGUUAAUUAUCGUGAGCGUUGUCUUCUACGCUUUUAUAUUGGUUCAUAUUGUUGACUGUACUACACGAUUUUGUUCAUAAAAACUUUUAAGUCUUCACUCAUUCUCUGUUGUAUAUCAAUAUCGUCUGUUGUAGAGUAUCAUACACGUACCCGUGCCUUUUGCCUCGGGUAUAUCUAUAUAAUUAUUAAGUUUCUUUUGCUUAUUUUUUAUGUAUUGACUAUAUCCAGUGGCGUGCGCACUGUGGGUGCCGCGACACCCACAAUUGUGACCGAAGGGCGCUAAAAUUCAAUACUAAAUUAGAAAAAAAAAAAGAUUUAUUGUGUAUGCCUCGCCAAUGUGGAUAAGUGAAAAGUAAGAUGAUUCCAUAAAAUUUGCCCUCGUAACAAUCGUUGAAAUACACUCAGGUGCAAAAAAUCGAUCCACUGAAAAUUUGGUCAUUUUGAUGUCUCGAAUUUCCUAAACCUGUUGUCCGAUUUAAGUGAUUUUUUUACCAUGUUAUAGCCUUAUUCAUUAACAAUGUCAUUGUAAUAAUAUUGUUGUUAGACAGAUAAACUGUCAUUGUAUACCGGGUGUACGAAAAACUGUGUUUCUUUCUCAAAGUUCGCAAAAUACUGAAAUUAAAACCCAACUAUAGCUUCAGGUUUUCUCAACAUUCUGUUUUUAGAUUCAUUCGCUUAUGUUGGAUAAUAAAAAAGUUAGGUAAUUUAACAAUUGGCCAUGUUGGUCAUCAGUACAGGGUCUUUCUAAAUAAGUGCGACAAACUUUAAGGGGUAAUUUUAAUUUUACAUGAGAAAAUAAUGACAGUUUGCUUUAUAAUCAUAUGUCCGCAAACGCUUCGUUUCCGAGAUACGGGAUGUUCAAUUUUUGUUUACAAAAUGACGAUUUAUUUAUUGCUUUAAAACCAGUUAAAAUAUGCAGAUAAAAUUUGGUGGGUUUUAAGACGUAGUUAUUGCAAAUUUUUUUACAUACAAUUAAGAAUUUUAUAUUCACCAUUGGCGUGCAUACGGGUAAUAUGAUCGGUCAUAAUACCCGUUUGCGCGCCAAUGGUGAAUAUUAAAUUCUUAAUUGUAUGUCAAAAAAUGUGCAAUAACUAUGUCUUAAAACCCACCAAAUUUUAUUUGCAUAUAUUCACUGGUUUUAAAGCAAUAAAUAAAUCGUCAUUUUGUAAACAAAAAUUGAACAUCCCGUAUCGGGGAAACGAAGCGUUUGCGGACAUAUGAUUAUAAAGCAAACUGUCAUUAUUUUCUCAUGUAAAAUUAUCCCCAAGUUUGUCGCACUUAUUUAGAAACACCCUGUACUGAUGACGAACAUGGCCAGUUGUUAAAGUACCUAACUUUUUUAUUAUCCAACAUAAGCGAAUUAAUCAAAUAACAGAAUGUUGAGAAAACCUGAGGCUAUAGUUGGGUUUUAAUUUCAGUAUUUUAUAAAUGCUAGGAUAGUCCACAGGGUGGUGCGAGCUUUGAGAAAAAAACACAGUUUGGUUCGUACACCCAGUAUACAAUGACAGUUUACGUGUCUAGCAACAAUAUUAUUACAGCGAUAUUGUUAAUGAAUAAGGCUAUAACAUGGUAAAAAAAUCACUUAAAUCGGACAACAGGUUUAGGAAAUUCGAGACAUCAAAUAUGACCAAAUUUUCAGUGGAUCAAUUUUUUUGCACCCGAGUGUAUAAUAAAAAAAAAAUAAAAUAUAUAUCAUCAAUAAUGUAAUUAAUUAUAUUUAAUUAACUUUUUGAUAUCAGUGUAACUACUAAAAGAAAAAUACAUUUAAGAAACAUAUUUUUUUUAUUUUACAUUAUCCAGAAUUUUAUAUAUGAGGCAAAAACUUGUUAACUUUAUCGUUAACAAUUAGUAAGUAAGAGAUACAAAGAAUUGAAAUUUUUUUUUAUUUUUUAGUUUGCUCCUUUAACAUUUUUUAAUAUUUUAGAAAAUAAAGUUUAUUAUAAAGUUAGGAGAGUUAGGGGCAGUAAAAUUAGUCUCGGCACCCAUAUUAGAAAUAUGCUGCGCACGCCUGUGACUAUAUCUUAUGUAUUUCUCUGUAACCGAGAACUCUAUUUUUAUAGAGUAACUCGUUGCGACUAUAAGCAAUAGGAUUAAUAAUAUACAAUACGAAUAACACUUGUUUUGUUUGAUUUCUACAUAUUUUUUGUGUAAUGUAUAUCCCAAUUUAAAGGUAAAAUUUGUUAAAAGUUAAAUUAAAGCAAAAACUUAUCCUGUACAGAGUUCAAAACUGUAAAAAUUAUUAUUGUACAUAUUACAUAAUAGACAAAAGUAUAUUCUUCCAUUAGAAAUAUUUAUUUGCAUUAUGGGAAGGGUCGAGUAAAGAACAGAAAUGCGCUUAGAACUUCUUCUUGUAUUUUGUAAUGUUGUAAAUAGUCUGUGAUUAUUUGUAUACACAAUAUUUAUUUUUUAUAUUAACUAUUAUUCAUGGCCAUUAUCUUUAAAACAAUGUAUAUUAAAAGAGAAUAUGUUCUACUAUUUAUAUUACUGAAAAAAAAAGAGAUUAUCCAUCUAUAUAAAAUCAGUAUUUAAAAAAUAUUUAAAAAUCCUUUAUAAACGGUAUAUUUUUAUAAAAAAAACCCUCAAAGGACCACAUCUAAAUCACAGAACGUUUUCGAUCUACAUAGAUCAUCAUCAGUGCAAUAAUGAUACAGGCAAAACAUAUGCUGAGCCUGAGCCACCAAAAAUACAUGAGUAAAAACUCUUUAAACGUUAACACAAUAUGUUACGAGUUACAAUAUUAUUAAAGAAUCCAAGUGAUGGAUAAAAAUCCGUAUUAAUACGUCCUGGGCAACCCACGUACCUUGUGGAGAGUCAUAAGAUGCCAAAGGCUAUAUCCAUAUUGAUUUUUAUCCAUCACUUCGACUUUUUAAUAAUAAUGGAACAACUCUUACUUGUGUUACGAUUUAAAGGGUUUUUACCCAAGUAUUUUUGGUGGCUCUGCAUGUGAUUGGCCUGUAUCAGCACUGAUGAUGAUCUAUGUAGAUCAAAAAUGUUCUGUGAUUUAUAUGUGGUUCUUUGACGGCUUUUUCAUAAUUAUACCUUUUAUAAAGGAUGUAUGCUUCACAUAAUAUAAAUAGUACACCUAUAUUCUUUUUUAAAAUGUCUUACAAACAUCAACUAUUUUUUCAUUUUCUAUCAUUUUUAAAUCAAUGUCAGUUUUAUGGCAGCUUGUAUUUCAUGUUUCAUAGGAGAGGGUGUUAGACUUAACUCUAAAUAAAUAUCCUCAAUCAAUAAUAGCACGAUUUUUUUUCUAGUGUACACAUUUUCGUUUUUGAAUAUUGUAAAUAUUAGCGUGCCAUUUUAUAUUAUUCCUACGAUGUCUUAAUUAUAAGACCUAGUUUUUAUAAGAUUUUUAUACAUAUUUUUUUUAUAAAUCUAUGUACUUACAAACUAUUUAUUUAGUUAUUUAGGUUUGUGUAAAGUGUCUUGUGAUAUGUG